UAGCAAUUGCACUGUAGGUUGGACGAAGCAUUUUCCUACUACUUUUACCAUCUUCAUUGCCAGUCUUGCAAUCUUCCAAUUCCUUGGCCCACCACGAACCACACACAAAUCUUACAUUCACUGGCCUGGAUAGUCCAUUGGAGGAAGCGAUACAUAACGCAUGGCAUCUCAACUCGGUGGCGCGUUACCUCCUCCUCCUGGAGUCGGGCCUAAUUUCAUUGAUCCCCCGAGCCAACAAAGAGACAAUCUCAUACAGCAUGCGACUUGUCUUACACUGAUCUCGCUGUUUUUAGCCAUGCGCAUCUACACCCGCUUGUACAUUUUGAGAGCAAAACUGGGCGCGGAUGAUUACUUCUGCGUCCUCUCCUACGUAGCGGAAUCUAAAGGUAUUGGACGGCACAUGUGGGACGUGCCCGCUGUACAAGUCGUGGAUGCCUUCAAAUAUCUUGUGCUCGCGGCAUGGGCUUAUUUGCUUCUCACAGGAUGCAUCAAGCUUACAUUUCUAUUCUGUUAUCGACGAAUAUUCUCGAUGGAGUCUGGAGUGAAAACGUUCAUCAAUCUCGGCAUAUCUUUCGUGGUGUGCUUAACGGCCGGUUUGUUCUUCGCCACAAUGUUUAGCUGCACACCGGUGCAGCGAUCAUGGAAUGCGAUCGUACCCGGGACAUGCUUCAACCCACACAUCCUCCCCUGGCUGUCGGCUUCUUCAAGCUCUCUUACGGAUAUCUACAUAUUAGUCCUCCCGAUCGCACCUCUGUGGCGUCUGAAUAUGAGCCUGAAAAGUAAGCUCAAAGUCAUGGUAGCCUUCAGCUUUGGUCUACUAGCUUGCAUUGCCAGUCUAGUACGACUCGGAAUGACGCGGGUGCUUCAAAGCAGCUUAGACGCAUCAUGGAACACGGCGAGCAUUGGCAAAUGGUCGGCUAUUGAAGUCGAUGUUGGUAUCAUGUGCUCCUGUCUAAUGCUCUUCCCCGCGUUCCUCAAACACCAUCUUCCCGAGGAGGCCCGGACCUUCGUUUCCGAAUCCUUGUCCCGAAUAUCUUCCGCAUUCUCUGGUAUUUCGAGGUCACAAAGCACGGCGGGAAAAGGCUCCGAAAAGGCUUGGCCCAUUGACAAAUACCAGUCAAUCAACCAUGGGAAGCUGAAGCGAACUAACUUUGUGGUUGAGUCGAUGCAUGUGUCGGGACACAAUGGAGGCACCACGGUUACCUCCUACGGAGAUAGCAGAUAUGAUGGGAAGAUGGACAGAUUCUAG